AAACUUCAAACAUAAAUAUCAAACUUUACAGAGAAAUUCAGAUAUCACAUAAUGGAAGAUUUGAAGUUAUAUGGUGUAUGGUAUAGCCCAUUUGUUUGUAGAGUAAAAUGUGCUCUACAAUUGAAAGGUCUGAAUCAUGAAUACAUAGAAGAAGAUCUUUCAAACAAGAGUGAUUUACUCUUGAAAUACAACCCAGUUCACAAGAAAAUCCCAAUUCUAGUUCAUGCCGGAAAACCCAUCGUUGAAUCACUGAUCAUACUCGAGUACAUCGAUGAGACGUGGCCGGACAAAUAUCAAUUACUCCCCAAAGAUCCUUAUGAAAGAUCUAACGCUCGUUUUUGGGCUAAAUUUUUGCAAGACAAGGAAUCAACCUUUUGGAGUUUAGUUCUUGUUACCGAGGAAACCAAAGAGAAAACAGUUAAUGAAGUUAUUGAAGUACUAAGAACCCUUGAAGAACAUGGACUAGGUGACAAGAAAUUUUUCGGGGGAGACGAUAUCGGAUUCACAGACUUGGCAAUUGGAAUCGGAAUUCAUUGGAUGAAAGUGAUCGAAGAGCUCAAGGGAGUGAAGAUAUUUGAAACUCGUACACUUCUGCAAGCAUGGAUCGAAAGGUUCAAUGAAGUGCCUGUAGUCAAAGAAAACUUGCCUAGUUAUAAUGAAUUGGUCGCUCAUUACAAGUCUCGCUGGGGGUGAUGCUUCAAUAGUUCCCAUCAGUAAUAGAACAUGUAAUUGUGCGCUAUAAUUUUUAUCAAUAAAAAAAAGAGAGAAAAAAGUUAAUAAAUCACAUAAACCUACUCAUCUUUCUCACUUUAUCUGUGA